AUGACAGAUCUUGACCGCGUCGCUCCAUCAACAACGACAUACGUCGUCGCCACUGCAAUCGUCGCGGGAAUCACCGGCUACUUCAUCGGCCAGGGAGCGUCGCUGGGACUGUUCUCGACUAAAGAGAAGGAAGGCUGGCCGAACAGCUACAAUGUGAAGCCGCACAGAAGCUCUUCGGAUGAAGAAGACGAUAGCGAAGAUGAUGACAUUGAGGAGAGCGACGAAGAGGAAGGUGAUGGAAGCGAACUGGCGAACUUUGAGAACAAUACAGAAGAGGUGAAAUUGGUGCUCGUUGUGAGGACGGACUUGGGGAUGACGAAGGGCAAAAUCGCCGCGCAGUGCUCCCACGCGACCCUCGCCUGCUACAAGUAUCUCGUCACGAAUUCGUCAAGCUCUACGAUUUUGCGCCGUUGGGAGUCACAAGGUCAGGCGAAGAUUGCGCUGCAAAUAAAAUCGGAGGAGGAAAUGCAAAUGUUGCAAGCGCAAGCCGUCAGCCUUGGGCUUUGUGCUCGGGUUAUCCAGGAUGCUGGGCGCACGCAGAUCGCCAGUGGCAGCAGGACAGUGCUUGGGAUCUUAGGGCCAAAGAGCGUGGUCGACACUGUCACAGGCCAUCUGAAGCUGCUAUGA